GACGAUCCCAGAUCACCUUGAGUCAUUGUUCUCUGGGCUGCUGGCUGGUUUGGAAAGGAGGGGAGAAGGAGAGGGGCUGGGUCUUCCCUCCAAAGUCUUCCUGGGCCCGCCUCCCCGCUUCCCCUCCAUUUAACUGCAAAUCUCAAUUGUGUCAUUAGCUGAGAAGAGUUUCUGCGGGAUUAAAGGGUGCCCCACCCCAUUCUACCUUUUACCCUUCCCCCAACCCAGAAAUCGCAUGAGCUGGCACAAAGAGUUAAAAGCUGUGUCAGCUGCCGGUCUGGGACAGACAGACGGAAGAAAGCUUGACCGGUGACUGAGAGGUGGACAGUGGGAGAGCUGACUGGCAGGGUGGCUGACAGAUGAAAAGACAAGCAGGUAGGUGGCCAGGCAGACAGACUGCAGCGAGACCGACAGGCUGAGACUGCAGCAGCCACAUGGAGGAACCAGCAGGCAGAGAGACAAGAACCUGGAGGUGGCCCACUAUGGUGUCCAGCAUCUUUUUGUUCCUAUGUUUUAUUGGAGGAUUCUCAACCACUACACCACCAGCAGAUUUCAACACAGAGAGGAUUUUUAAUGGUACAGUGUGUGUCCCUCACUCGCAGCCUUGGCAGGUGGCGCUGUUUCAAGGUACUCAGCUGCGCUGUGGGGGGGUCCUCAUUGACCGCAGGUGGGUUCUCACAGCUGCUCACUGCAGUGGCAGCAGGUACUGGGUGCGUCUGGGGGAACACAGCCUCCGCCAGCUGGACUGGACGGAACAGAUCCGGCGCAGCGGCCUCUCCGUGACCCACCCCAGCUACCAGGGAGCCCAGCAGAACCAUGACCAUGACCUCCGGCUUCUGCGACUGGGCACCCCUGUCAUCUUGACCCGCAGCGUCCAGCCCCUGCCCCUGCCCACGACCUGUGCAACGGCUGGGACCAAGUGCCUCAUCUCGGGUUGGGGCACCACCAACCACCCAUGGAACCAGUUGCCAGACCAGCUCCAAUGCCUUAACCUCUCCAUUGUCUCCAAUGAGAACUGCCAGGCAGCGUUCCCCGGGAGAAUCACCCAGAACAUGGUGUGUGCUGGCGGCAUCGCUGGGGAAGAUGCCUGCCAGGGUGACUCUGGGGGUCCCCUAGUAUGCGGAGGAGUCCUUCAGGGUCUGGUGUCCUGGGGAUCCGUGGAGCCUUGCGGGCAAAAAGGCAUCCCAGGGGUCUACACCAAUGUUUGCAAAUACGUGGACUGGAUCCGAACGGUCAUGAGGAACAACUGACCUGCUUCCUCCCCCUUCGUGCCUGAGCUUGGGGGCCGCUCUGACCCUCAGAGUGCCAACACCUCCUCCAUCAUCACCCCUAGCUCCCACUCUUCUUGGACUGGGGAUCUUCUUCCCGGAACUCCAACUCCAGCUAGCCCUUCUAAGACCUACGGUUGGAGGAGGAGGAAGUUUGUGACUGUCUGGAAUAAAUAUAACUGGAGGACGGGCUGUGUCUGUCUAUUUGA